GGCUAAAUAGAAGAAGUUGCAGGCAGCGGUCAAAGAGCUCCAAAUUGCUCUCUGGGGAAGUACCGGUAGGCGAAGUGCGUAAAGACGAGGGGCAAGGGCGCAGAAGCAAUAGGAACAGACUGAAGUUGCACCACCGGCGAGCGCAUCUUCCCUGUGUGGAAGUUUGUGGUUUGGAUCGCUUUAAGUGCCUGAAUAAAAGCAGCCCAAGUCGGGCUGCUUUUCCAAGAAUGAAUGAAAUGAAAGUAGCAGUUUUGGGCAGCGAAGGAACAGGCAAAUCUGCCCUUACGGUACGCUUUCUGACCAGGCGCUUCAUUGGAGAAUAUGCUUCUGACUCUGAGUGCAUCUAUACAAAGCACAUUUUUCUGGAAGGAAAGCCGAUCAACCUGGAAAUAUAUGAUCCUUGUUCACAACCUCGACGAGGGAAAUUGUCCCUCACUGAUGAGCUCCACUGGGCGGAUGGGUUUGUGGUCGUGUACGCAAUCAGUGACAGAGCCUCCUUUGCCUUUGCGAAAGCCUUGCUGUACCGGAUACGAGAGUGCCACAUGUCGGGCUGCAAAAGGGCUGCAGAUUCCACUGUCAUUUUAGUUGGGAACAAGCAAGAUCUGUGCCAUAUGCGUGAAGUUGGCUGGGAUGAAGGGCAAAAGUUGGCCCUGGACUACAAAUGCCAAUUCUGUGAACUGUCUGCGGCGGAACAUUGCCAGGAAGUGGCAGCCAUGUUCACCAAAGUCCUGAAGAACGUCACCUCGAACGCUAAGGGGAAGGAGAAAAGGCGGCCUAGUGGGUCAAAAUCUAUGGCCAAACUGAUCAACAACAUGUUUGGGAAGAGGAGGAAGUCUGUUUAGGGGAAGGUCCACCAGCCGUGAUCAGGGCAGGAAGAAGAUGCACACAACCAAAGACCUAGUCAACAUGGAGAUUUCACUCCAGUGAAUUUCAUUUCUAAAGAGCUUCAUUUGAAAGGAAGUCAUAGAGCAAUACUGAAUCAUUCACACAUUACUUGAGGUCUGAUGGAUGGUUGACUCUCAUAGGGACGUGUAACCUCUCUUUGCUGAAAAGAGUUGUAUUUGAGUUGACACAUAACACUAAAAUUCUGCCUGCAGUGAUUGAAAUAUGAUGACAGAUCCAGACAUGCAAAUUAGUUGCUGCUGCAGCCAAUGGGUAGGCAACAAGGCUUUCUUGACCCAGCUGAUGUUAGUCAACACUGAGUCCAAUUGAAAGCAAUGGGACCUAAGCUAACAGCAGAAAAACGACUUUGAGCUGGACUUGGGCUGGAUCUAGACACAUCAAAGAAAUGCUUCAGAAAAAUGUGUUGUAACUUUUAUAAUGAGAAAUCGUAAUGGCAAAAAUGGAACUCCACAGUGCCAUCUGGCAUCAGUGUUAUAUCGCAUGUAAAACGCCUACAAAACACUUUUUCUUUACCAUUCUUUCUGAGUCACAGGACCAGAAUCAUUGUGACAACAAGGCUGAGAAGGAUACAUUGUGUGGAGACUAGGCCCCCAUCUGCACUAUAUAUAAAAAACCAAUAUCAUACCACUUUAAAUAGCCAUAGCUUCCCCCAGAGAAUCAUAGAAGCUGCGGUUUCUUAACGGUGCUGAGAGUUGUCACGAGAUCCCUAUUUCUCCUCACAGAGCUACAAUUUUCAGAGUAGUUUAACAGCCAAUCUCUCUUUUCAAUAUGGGAACUGAAGCCCAGUGAGGGGAAUAGGGGUCUCCUAGCAAUUCUCAGCACCCACAACAAACCACAUUUCACAGCAUUCUUUUUUUGGGGGGGUGGGAGUUUUAAAUUUAUAAUGCAGCCCAGAUUGCAUUAACUCUAAAUCCUUAGGGUCUGCUAUUGUCCUGACAUUUACUUGUUCUAUGGAUUUAACCCACAUCUCUUCUCACAUGUCUUCUCCAUUCAUGUUUUUGUUCAUAUAGACCAGGCAGAGGCAACCUUGGCUCUCCAGAUGUUUAGGAACUACAACUCCCAUGACCCCUAGCUAACAGGGCCAGUGGUCAGGGAUCAUGGGAGUUGUAGUUCCAAAACAUCUGGCAAGCCAAGGUUGCCUAUGCCUGAUAUAGACAUAUCUAGCAAUACAAUCCUAUGCAUGUCUACUCAGAAGUAAGCCUUGCCUUGUCCAGUGAAGCUUACUGUCAUGUAUAGGACUGCAGUCUAAGUCUGCCUAAAACUAUGUAUGGUUUACGUCUAUUUAAAACUUCCAGGUAGUCCAUAUUAUCAGCAGUAAUUGGUUUUCUUACAAUAAAAAUAUGCUAGUGCCUUGCAGGAGGAUUGCAAGCACAGGCCCAGGGCACAAAUUUGUUACAAAAUUUGCAUAUGCUAAUUUCUACGCAUAAAUGCACAUUUUGGUGUCUCAGCAAAAUAAGAGUGCCCUGGAGUUCAUGCUGAGGAGGCCUGUAAGCAAAGUCAAAAAUAAAUAAAUUAAGCUUUAAAGAAAGUGAGGAAGAAACAUCCAACCAACAUAAAAGGGGAGCUUUAACUGAAGUAUGAGAAUACCAGAACACUGCAUCUCAGGGGUAUUGUAAGCACUGCAAAAAGCACUGCACCCCAACCCUGAGAAUUCCACCAACGUUUUCUUUCUCCUUCGAUAAUCACUGAGUGCUAUUGCUUUUAUCAUCCACUGAUGGAGUACGGCUUUAAACAAGAACUUAAGAGAGAACCCUUUUACACAGCAUUAAUCCAUUCUGCCUUUCAAUCCUGUUUUAUUAUUGCAUUUUAUGGCUUUCGGGCCAUUUUUGGAUUAUGUUUGUUGUUUACUGCCCCGAUUAUUUUUAAUUAAGGUAGGUUUAUAAAUAAUAAGUAAAUAAAGGGCAUAGCUGCCAAGUUUUCCCUUUUCUCGCGAGGAAGCCUAUUCAGCAUAAGGGAAAAUCCCUUAAAAAAUGGGUAACUUGGCAGCUAUGAUAAAGGGUAGAGUGAACUGGUGAGAAAGAAUCCCAAGAUCUUACUUGGAAACCCCUUCCUUGGAGUUGCUUAGCAAAUUCUCAGACAACACUAUGACACGUGACUUGAUAUCGUCCUAAAGUCAAAGUCUUUUGGUGAGAAGUAAUUAGCCAUAUAAAUAUGGUUUUGGUCACCUCCUUGAGAUUUACAGAUGAUAAUGUCCUCCUGAAUUAUGUUCUGGUCCUUUGGAACUUGACAGAGAGACAAUCGAACUGGCAGGGGGCACUCAGAGUAGCUACUGUAAACAUCUAACACUUCAAUACUGGAACAAGAGGUCUGCCCCUACCAAUUGUACCAGAGACAGAGGAUAUGAUUCAUCUGGCAGCUAAGGAUGGCGACCUUCCAUAAACACAAGAGAAACAGAAGUUUUCAGAUACAUACUCUCCUUCUCAGAUUAAUUUGCUUGGAUGUCUGGGCAAUGGUUUGGUCUGGACCAUGACCUGCUUCCCCUCACUCCCCCCCCCCCCUAAAAUGUAUGUACAGAAUGUGUUGAUUUGAUUUAUUAUGGCUUAUUUUUCAUUGUUCGACUUUGUUUUUGCUUUUUUGGGGGGUAAUUCAAUAAAAUUCAAUUUAAAAUCUCACUGAGAAAUGGCAAACAACCUGCUUCAUGCAGCAAUACGAAUGGGAUCUGCAACAAAAUGUUGUAGUGUGAAAUGGUGCCACAACAGCUUUUGUGGGGUCUUUGCUCACUGACCAGCCCUGGGCUGCACAGCCUGCAGUUUGCAUAGCACAAAUGUCCUUCAGAACAUCUCCUUCUA